UUUUUCACGAUGCAUUCACGGGCUUGUUAUCCAGCGGCUGGUGCAAUGUCAUCGCCUCGCUAGAAAGCAGUAAACUGGAUGGGGAAACCCUGGAGCGGGCAGCAGACAUCCUUAGCUUCAUUAAUGCUAGCCGAGCCUCGACAGUGUCGUUGAAGGACGAAGGCCCGCAGGGAUGGUUUUGUCAUCGGUUUAAGACAAAAAGGAGGAAUUGUUUUCCCAGAAAGAGGGACCACAGCUCGGGAAGUUCACAUGCCGAAACCUGGUCUUUUAUGAGAAGACUGACUGGACUGUGUUCUGUGUGCUGUUCAAAAUGGCUGUCAUGCGACAAUUUGGACUACUGCUGUGGAAAAACUAUCUUCAGCAGAAACGUCAAAUUUUGGUAACUCUGGUGGAGAUACUCCUGCCUCUGCUCUUCUCCGGCAUCCUCAUUGUGCUACGUCAGAAGGUGCCUUUUAAAGAUUUCCCAAAUGCCACGGUCUAUGAGAGCUACGGUGUAGAUUCACUACCCAAGAGGUUCAUGCAACACCUACAGCUGGCCUAUGUGCCCGGUAACUCCAGUGUGGUACGUCAGGUGGCAGAGGAUGUGCGAGGCAGCCUGGUCCUCUCCUCAGUGCGUGGCUUUGAGACCGAGGAGCAUUUUGAGGACUAUGUGAAAAAUGACCCUCUGUCAGGAAAGCUGCUGGCUGCUGUGGUCUUUGAGCACCCCUUCACCCAUGAUGAUGAACCUCUGCCUGUAAAGGUGAGCUACCACCUGCGUUUCACCUUCACCCCACGCAACGCCCCACCAAAAGAGAGGUCAGAGCUGAACCCGAAUAAUGACCUGGACUGGCACACGCUCAGCCUCUAUCCCCUGUUUCAACUGCCGGGGCCGAGGGAGCAGUAUGACAAGGAGGGGGGCACGCCUGGUUAUUACCGAGAGGGUUUCCUGGCCGUACAGCAUGCAGUGGACCGAGCCAUCAUGCGCUCCUACAACAGAACUGCUGCUACCUCUCUGCUGCGACAGUUAAGAGUGGUCCUGUCACGGUUUCCUUACCCUGCCUUUAUAUAUGACGUCUUCAUCCUGGCCAUUCAGAACCAACUGCCUCUACUACUGGUGCUCAGCUUUACCUACACCUCCCUCAACAUCGUACGGGCCGUGGUGCAGGAGAAGGAGAGGAAGCUCAAGGAGUACAUGAGGAUGAUGGGUCUCAGCAACUGGCUCCACUGGAGCGCCUGGUUCCUCAUGUUCUUUCUCUUCCUGUCCAUUUCAGUCUUUUUUGUCACUCUGCUCCUCUGUAUCCAGGUGAGCCCUUAUGGAGCAGUGCUGACCAACAGCGACCCCACGCUGAUCUUUGUCUUCCUGCUCCUCUUCACUGUGGCUACCAUCAACUUCAGCUUCAUGAUCAGUACCUUCUUCUCACGUGCUAACGUGGCGGCAGCAGCGGGUGGCUUCAUCUAUUUCCUGAGCUACCUGCCUUAUUUGUUCCUGUGGCCACGCUACGACUUACUGACCAAAGCCCAGAAAGUGUCAGCCUGCCUCAUCUCCAAUGUGGCCAUGGCCAUGGGUGCUCAGCUCAUGGGAAUGUUUGAAGGCAAAGGCACAGGGAUCCAGUGGUCAAACCUGUUUGACUCUGUGACUGUGGACGAUGACUUCUGCCUGGGCCAUGUGUUGGGCUUGCUGCUGUUUGACUCUGUGCUCUAUGGGUUGGUGGCCUGGUACAUGGAGGCAGUUUUUCCUGGGGAGUAUGGGGUGCCUCGACCGUCUUACUUCUUUGUAUUGCCUUCAUACUGGUGCAGCAGUCCUCGCAUGGCUUUGGUGAAUGAGAAAGAGGAAGAGGAGGAUGCAGAAAAGGCUCUGAAGGGGGAGUUUAUAGAAGAGGAGCCAGCUGGUCUAGUCUCCGGGAUCAAGAUUAAACACCUUGCUAAGGAAUUCAGAGUGGGCAACCAGACACGGCAGGCUGUGCGGGAUCUCACGCUGAACAUGUUCGAGGGACAGAUCACUGUGCUGCUUGGACACAACGGUGCUGGGAAGACCACGACACUGUCCAUGCUGACAGGGCUGUUUCCCCCCACCAGCGGCAGGGCCUAUAUCAACGGCUACGACAUCUGUCAGGACAUGGCACUGAUACGCCGCAGUCUGGGACUCUGUCCCCAGCACGACGUACUAUUUGAUAACCUUACUGUCAGAGAGCACCUGCUCUUCUAUGCACAGUUGAAAGGCUACUCCACAGACAAGAUUCCAGAUGAGGUAGACCGUAUCAUCCGUAUCCUGAACCUUGAGGACAAGCGACAGGCUCGCUCCAAGACCCUCUCUGGUGGCAUGAAGAGAAAACUCUCUAUUGGCAUCGCCCUCAUUGGAGACUCCAAGGUGGUGAUGUUAGAUGAGCCCACAUCAGGUAUGGACCCGUCAGCUCGUCGUGCCACCUGGGACCUUCUGCAAGGGGAGAAGCACGGUCGCACCAUCCUGCUCACCACACACUUUAUGGACGAGGCCGACCUGCUCGGUGACCGCAUCACCAUCAUGGCAGGAGGAGAGCUGCAGUGCUGCGGGUCACCACUGUUCCUUAAGAAUAAGUAUGGUGCUGGCUACCACAUGGUGAUAGUCAAGGAUGCUCUUUGUAACGUGUCCGAGAUCACCCGCCUUGUCCACAUGUAUGUUCCUAAUGCCACACUGGAGAGCAGUGCUGGGGCCGAGCUCUCCUACAUCUUGCCCAAAGAAAGCACCAGCAGGUUUGAGCUGCUGUUUGCUGAGCUGGAGAUGAACAGAGAAGAGUUGGGCAUCGCCAGCUACGGCGCUUCAGUAACCACAAUGGAAGAGGUUUUCCUCAGAGUGGGAAAGUUGGUGGAUUCUAGUUUGGACAUCCAGGCAAUCCAGCUGCCAGCCCUGCAGUACCAACAUGAGAGACGCUCCCAUGACUGGACCACAGAUGACGCCAGCAGCAUCAGCGGCAUGACCGAUGUCACCGACUUCACAGACAGCGGCACACUCAUCUCAGAGGACUGCUCCAACAUCAAGCUGAACACCGGGGUCAGACUACACCUGCAACAGUUCUAUGCCAUGUUCCUGAAGAGGGCGUUGUACAGCUGGAGAAACUGGAAGGUGAUGGUGGCGCAGUUCCUGGUCCCUUUGGUCUUCACUGUUGUGGCCUUAGUUGUGGCACGCACCUUUCCCAAUCACAAGGAGUCUCCCCAGCUGAGGCUGGCACUCAGCCGCUAUGGUCCAACCAGGGUCCCUGUGGCUCUGCAGCCCAUGGCGGGUCCCCUGGCCUCUGCCUUGGCCAACACAUACAGUUCACAGCUCCCUGCCCAGCUAGGCCAGCUCGUCAACAUCACAGACUUUACUGAUUACAUCCUGACUCAGGCAGAGGAAGAAGGCGGCAGCUUUAAUGAGCGCUGCGUCGUUGGUGCUGCUUUCCGUGGCAGCAGCAGCCAGUAUGCAGAAGCGACGGCCUACUUCAACAACGAGGGCUACCAUACACCCGCCACAGCCCUCAUGAUGAUGGACAAUGCUCUGUUCAAACUUCUAGCAGGGCCAAAUGCUUCCAUCCAGACGAGCAAUUACCCCAUGCCACGCAACCUGUCUGAGAUCGCCCAGAGCCAGCUCACAGAGGGAAAGACAGGCUUUGCCAUCGCCAUCAACUUGAUGUACGGGAUGGCCUCCCUGUCCAGCACCUUUGCCCUGCUGCUUGUAACGGAGUCUUCUAUCAAGUCCAAGCAUGUGCAACAGGUCAGCGGCGUCUACCUGUCAAACUUCUGGUUUUCUGCCCUGCUGUGGGACCUGGUCAACUUCCUGAUGCCCUGUCUCCUCAUGCUGGUGGUAUUUCAGGCAUUCGGAGUUAAGGCUUUUGUAGACGACAACCACCUGAUAGAUGUGUUGUUGUUACUGCUACUGUAUGGCUGGGCUGUUGUGCCUCUAAUGUACCUGCUCAGCUUCUUCUUCUCCACUGCCGCUACUGCCUACACACGCCUCACCAUCUUCAACAUGAUCUCUGGCACUGCCACCUUUCUGGCUGUCACCAUCAUGACCAUCCCAGAGUUGAACCUGACUGAUCUGUCGCACUUACUGGAUAAGGUGUUCCUGAUCUUCCCAAACUAUUGUCUGGGCAUGUCCUUCAGCCAGUUCUACCAGAACUAUGAAUUCAUCUCAUUUUGCACCUCCAGUCCAAUCAGUCCGGACUUGUGCAAGUACUUAAACAUCACAUAUCAGACAAACUACUUCUCGAUGUCAGAGCCUGGUGUUGGACGCUUCCUCGUGGCCUUAUCAGUGCAGGGUGUAGUCUUCAUUUUUCUGCUGUUCGUCAUCGAGCUGCAGUGUGUCCGCACACUCCGGCGACUCCUCACCUCUCUGUGCAGAAGACGCAAACAGUUACCUCUAAUAGAGGACCCAGCACUACUUCCAGAAGACAGGGACGUGGCCGAAGAGAGGAAGAGGGUCCUGGAGUGUCAGCCAAUAUUAGAGUCGAUGGUUGGUAGCCCCCUCAUACUGCAGGAGCUCAGCAAGGUGUACAGCAGUGGGGAGAAUCUUCUGGCUGUGGACAGGCUGUCUCUAGCUGUAGGUAAAGGAGAGUGUUUUGGUCUCCUGGGCUUCAAUGGAGCAGGCAAGACCACGACCUUUAAAAUGCUGACAGGUGAUGAGAGUGUCACCUCCGGGGACGCCUACAUUGACGGAUACAGCAUCUUGAGAGACAUUAAGAAGGUGCAACAGCGCAUUGGUUACUGUCCCCAAUUUGAUGCUGUGUUGGACCACAUGACAGGAAGAGAAACUCUGAGUAUGUAUGCCAGGCUCAGGGGAAUACCAGAAAAGUAUGUGUCUGGCUGUGUGGAGAAUGUCCUCCGGUCGCUGCUGCUGGAGCCUCAUGCUGAUAAACUAGUCCGCAGCUACAGUGGUGGCAACAAGCGGAAGCUGAGCGCAGGCAUGGCUCUGAUUGGCGGGCCUCCUGUCAUCUUCCUGGACGAACCUUCAACAGGGAUGGACCCUGUGGCCAGGAGGCUGCUGUGGGACGCUGUUACACGCACACGGGAGUCUGGAAAGGCUAUAAUCAUCACUUCUCAUAGUAUGGAGGAGUGUGAGGCCCUGUGUACCAGGCUGGCAGUGAUGGUUAACGGUCAGUUUAAGUGCCUCGGGAGUCCCCAACACCUGAAGAGCAAGUUUGGGAGUGGCUACACACUGCUUGCUAAAGUACACAUAGAGGCUGAGUUGGAGGAAAGUGACCUGCAGCUAUUUAAAGACUUUAUCGAAAGUACCUUUCCAGGAAGUCAACUAAAGGAUGAGCACCAGGGAAUGGUGCAUUAUCAUUUGACUGACAAAACACUUACCUGGGCCCAGGUGUUUGGCACUUUGGAGGCAGCUAAAGAGAAAUACUGCAUUGAAGACUACUGUGUGAGCCAGAUAUCACUGGAGCAGGUGUUCCUCAGCUUUGCCCAGUUCCAGCACUGCACAGAGAGCGGGAGGAAGUAAGAGGAAUGAGGAAUCUGUCAUCCAUUGUCCAUUUUCUACCGUGUGUGUGUGUGUGUGGAGGGGACCUAUCUACAUGGACCUGCCUGUGUACAAAGGCUGGAUAGAGGAAUGGUUUAACCCCAGCUCCAUUUUUACCUUGACCACCUAUACACACACACACAGACACAUACACACACACACACAGGGCUAGUCGCCAAAAACAUCAUCUUCAGCAUUUCUACUACUGGGUCAUGACAGUGUGUCUUUGUUGGGUCAUUCCUGCCAUUGUUGUUGUUGUUGUUGUUGUUGUUGUUGUGUGAAGUAGGAGAAUUGGGAUUAUGGCAUUGCGUAUACCAAGUCAUGAACUCUUGAGUACUGCACCUUUUUCAGUGAGGUAAAAGACGAUGACACCACCCAUUAGAUACUACCACUACUCUGAAUUGUGUGUGACGGGGUUUAUUUGUGUGCACUCUUUUUGUUAUUUAUGAUUUUAUUUUAUUACUUGAUUUAUGUUUCCAAGAAUUUAUGCUUUUUUGUGUGUGUGAUCAUCACAAGAAAAUGAACCACUCCCAUUUGAUGCAUUUAUGAAAUUUUUGCACACCUUUGCGCCUUAUCAAACUAAUGAUAGUUCUUGUUACUUUAUAUUGCCCUAUACAAAAUGCCUGGUUUUCCUUAAGAGACUCUUAAUGUUGUUGCCAGAUGUAAAUAAUGUGACUAGUUCAUGAUACUAAAAACCACUCACUUGUUCCGGCCAGAGCAGAACAUUUACUCAUUCAAGGACUUUUUUGGGCACAUUAAUGAAUGCAUGCAUAGAAUACGAGUUAUGGAGUGCAUGAUAUUGAGAGAGCUGCUAACGAAUACUAAAAGGCCGUCCUUAUUGAGGAUUGAUCCUUAGAAUACAUUUAGUCCAGUCUGAGUAUGUUUAGUACGCCUCCAUCGUUCAGUUCCUGUGAACCAAUGAUUCACUAAUUGCUGCCAAACAAGUUACAGCAACAGUGUGUUAACCAUGUGAUUAUCCAGCCAUUCCAGAUUGGAGGGUAGUUAGAAAGAAAUAAUGAAAUCAUUGUGUGACGCACUAGAUUAUUCUCAAAUGUUGUUGCUUUUGCAGUAGAAUGAGAGGUCUGGAAUUCAGAUCAAGUUGUGUCAGACAGCAUGUGAUUGAUUUGGACCUUGAACAACAAGAUCGCAAUGAGCUUUUUAUUUGGAUGUGCUACUACGAACCUCAUUUCUGAGCGUGCCCAAUUUAUUGCAUAACCAAAGCAAAGUACUUUAAAGAACGAGUAACAUUUGAAGUUUCCGAACAAAAUAAAUUGACGGUUGACGAUAAAGGUGUUCUUAGUCCUGCUUUUCAUCCACGUUCAAAGAUCAAUGUUAUAAUCUGGGGUGAGUUGGUAAUUAACUUGAGUGUGCGAAUGGCAUUCCUACUCACUCUUGACUUGAUAGACGUAAGAUGAAUGUAUUUACUGUCUCACACGAAAGCAUAAGCACUGGAAGUAAUCAACUUUUUUAACUGCUUCAUAUGAUUUACAAUGCUUUUUUCAUAAGAUGUGUGUGAGGAAAAACAGUAGAUGUCUGACAUUCCAGAAAGACACGCAUAUGUGGCUAAGUUGUCUGUAAAAGAUUAAAUUUUUUUAUUUGGACUUUUGUUACAUUUGUUUGUUAUUACAUAUUACAUGUAUGACUUGAAUCAAUUGCAUUGUUAAAUAGGUACCUUGUUUGAGGAAAAAUGAAAAGGGUUGAGCUGCUGAUAUUUAAUGAUUGACUUAGGCUGAAAUACACAGUGUAUCAUUUAAAAAGGGAAUUUACACCAUUGUAAUUCUGUACUGUACCAUGGAACUGACCUCGUCAACUGUACAUGUAUCCUUAUUCUUUUUAAAUUAAAUAAUGCUCUAUGCAAAUGGAAGCAAA